CACCUUACCCAUUUCCAAAAUACCCCAGUAGUCAACUCGCUCUUUAAUAAAUCCCUCUAACCCAUCAUUAAUCAAAAUUCAUUGCACUUCUUUUUUCUUAGGAAAAAAAUUCAAAACUCUUAGUCUCCGUUAUAUAUAUUUCUUUUCCAGAAAACCUACUCAUUCAAUCUUAAGAGACUCUUUCAAGAAAUGCAUCCAGGGAAUCUAUGGGGCGGGAGGCUCGACGCCAUAGACAGCGACCGAGCCGAGGCUGAGGAGGAAGAGCGGCGGAGGAACAUGACGGAGUGGGACAGAGGAGCCCUCCAUUCGCAGCAACUAUCUGCCGAACAUCAGAGGAAUCAAUUGGACGAGACGCAACAAGGCUGGUUACUUGCACCACAAGAUAGCUGGAAAAAGAAGAGAAAGAAGUAUGUAAACCUAGGUUGUAUUUCCGUUAGCCGAACGGUUUUUAUGUGGACCGUUGGAUCUAUCGUCGUCUUGUUCCUCGUCGUUGCUCUUCCGAUCAUCAUCGUUAAGUCGUUGCCUCGUCAUAAGUCUACACCUCCUCCUCCAGAUAAUUACACUCUUGCCAUCCAUAAGGCUAUUCAGUUUUUCGACGCCCAGAAAUCGGGUAAAUUGCCGAAGAACAAUCGAGUUUCAUGGAGAGGAGAUUCGGGGCUGAAGGAUGGAUUGCCAGACGUGGUCGGAGGAUUGGUGGGAGGGUACUACGACGGUGGAAGUAACACCAAGUUCCAUUUUCCGAUGGCAUUCUCAAUGACAAUGCUAAGUUGGAGUCUUAUUGAGUAUAGUCAAAAAUUCAAAGCCAUCAAUGAAUAUGAUCACAUGAGAGAUGUUCUCAAAUGGGGAACUGACUAUCUGCUUCUCACUUUCAACAAUUCUGCAACUCGCCUUGAUCAUAUCUACGCUCAGGUUGGUGGAGGACUAAGAGACUCAGAAUCACCAGAUGAUAUCUACUGUUGGCAAAGACCAGAAGACAUGUCCUACGACCGUCCUGUAAUCUCUUUAACUACCGCCACUGACCUCGGUGCAGAAGUCGCCUCCGCCUUAGCUGCCGCCUCAAUCGUCUUCAACGACAAACCAACCUACGCCAAAAAGCUAAAAAAAGGAGCAGAAACUCUGUGGCCUUUCUUUAGAAACAAGAACAGACGCAAGCGCUACUCAGACGGACAACCAAUGAUUCAAGCCUUCUACAACUCAACAAGUAUGUUCGACGAACUUAUGUGGGCUGGCGCGUGGCUUUACUACGCCACAGGGAACCAGACUUAUAUACAAUUCGCCACAAACCCAAGCGUGCCUAAAACGGCUAAAGCUUUUGCUAAUCAACCAGAAUUGAUGGUACCGAGCUGGAAUAACAAAUUGCCUGGGGCUAUGUUGUUGAUGACUCGGUACAGAUUGUUCUUGAAUCCUGGUUUUCCUUAUGAGAACAUGCUCAGUAGGUACCAUAACGCUACUGGUGUCACCAUGUGUGCUUAUCUAAAGCAGUACAACGUUUUUAACCGGACUUCAGGAGGGCUUAUACAAUUGAACAUGGGGAAACCAAGACCACUGGAAUAUGUGGCUCAUGCUUCUUUCUUAGCUUCUUUGUUUGCGGAUUAUCUGAACUCAACUGGAGUUCCUGGAUGGUAUUGUGGCCCUACCUUUGUCUCGACUCAGGUUCUUAAGGAUUUUGCUAAGUCUCAGAUUGAUUACAUUCUUGGAGAUAACCCUUUAAAAAUGAGCUAUAUUGUUGGGUUCGGCAAGAAAUUUCCAAGACACGUUUACCACCGAGGAGCCACCAUCCCAAACGACAAGAAGAGAAGAAGCUGUAGAGAAGGAUUGAAGUAUAGAGACACAAAAAAUCCUAACCCAAACAAUAUCACAGGAGCUAUGGUUGGUGGACCAAACAAAUCCGAUCAGUUCCAUGACAUACGAAGCAAUUACAACGCGAGUGAGCCUACUAUGUCCGGAAACGCAGGUAUCGUGGCUGCUCUCAUUUCAUUAACCAGCAGUGGAGGCUACCAAAUCGAUAAGAAUACAAUGUUCAAUGGUGUUCCUCCUCUUUACCCUCCUGCCCCACCAUCCCCUAAAGCUUGGAAGCCUUAAGAACGAUUCAUAUAUUUCGUUAUGUUGCCGAGUUUAAGUAAUAUAAUAUGUUUAAUUGACACUUAUAAUUUUGUUUUUUUCUAAAACCUAAAAUCUCAUAAAAAAAUUAUCCCUUCA